AUGACUCACAUGAAUCCUCCUCUUGCUAUGCUAGCUUCCCUCUGGUUCUACAUGACACCUCAGCCUCCUAAACCAGCCAUGCAUGAUAUUGUAAUGGGUAAUUAUCAACCUGAUUGGAGCAGUACGUGGAGAGAGGAGCCAUGCAAUUGUGCUCCAGCUGGAUAUGGAGGAUUAAUACCGUACUUUGAUCCUGCCUAUUACCCACAGGAGUUCGUCCAACUGAACGAACAGAAUCGAUUAAGAUGUGUGGCUAGUGUUUACGCAAAUCCAUCCAUGUACAGCCUUAACAACGCUACUUCACCUUGUCUCAAUCACUAA